AUGAGCAUCAUGGAAUUAUUCUCACCAGUAGUAAUCGCCAUCCUGGAGCUUUUCUUAUUCUUUCGGUGGCAGAACUUGCGUGGACCCCCGUGCAUCCAGGGUUGGGUUCCCUGGAUCGGAGCGGGAUUUGAGUUUGGAAAAGCCCCUCUUGAAUUUAUAGAAAAAGCAAGACUCAAGUAUGGACCAAUAUUUACCAUCUUUGCUAUGGGAAACCGGAUGACCUUUGUUACUGAAGAAGAAGGCAUCGACGUGUUUCUAAAAUCUAAACAUGUAAAUUUUGAACUAGCUGUACAAAAUCCUAUCUAUCACACAGCAUGGAUUCCAAAGAAUGUCUUUUUAGCACUGCAUGAGAAACUGUAUGUCUUGAUGAAGGGAAAAAUGGAGACUUUGAACAUGCAUCAGUUUACUGGGCAGCUGACUGAGGAAUUUCGUGAGCAACUGGAAAAUUUAGGCGCCCAUGGGACAAUGGAUCUGAACAACUUUACCUUCAUGCAGGCCGUGCUGGAUAUUGUGGAGACGGAAACAGGUCAACACAGUCCUAAUUAUGUACUACUGUUGCUCUGAGCCUCUCUGGCCAAUUCAUGUCCAAUUGUGUUCUGGACACUUGCAUUUGUCCUGUCCCACUGUCAGGUCCCUGACAUCCACAAGACCAUUUUAGAAGGCAUAUCUUCUAUGUUUGGCACGGCAGGUAAAGAUAAGAUUAAAGUGUCUGAAGAUGACUUGAAGAAGCUGCCUCUAAUUAAGUGGUGUGUUCUGGAAGCCAUCCGCUUGAGAGCCCCUGGUGUCAUUACUAGAAAAGUAGUAAAGCCAGUUAAAAUUCUGUUAAGCUCUGGUUUUAGUCAUACGGUCCCUCCUGGUGAUCUGUUGAUGGUGUCUCCAUUCUGGCUACACAGAAAUCCAGAGCAUUUCCUUGAACUUGACUCAUUCAAACCUGAACGCUGGAAAGAGGCAAAUUUAGAUAAGAAUGUUUUCUUGGACUGCUUCAUGGCUUUUGGAGGCAUGAAGUUCCAGUGUCCUGGAAGGUGGUUUGCUCUGUUAGAGAUCCAAAUAUGUAUUAUUUUAGUGCUUUAUAAAUAUGAUUGCAGCCUUCUGGACCCAUUGCCAAAGCAGAGUUGUCUUCAUUUGGUGGGUAUCCCCCAGCCAGAAGGGAAAUGCCGAAUCGAAUAUAAGCAGAGAGCACGACAUCCAUUGGGGGCUCAAGACUGUCAGAAUCUUCUAGAAGAGUGAAGGUACCCAGCCACUGCCCUCCCAGCAUCUUGACCUGAAGAUGGCAUGUGUAUUUCAGAUCUGAAGACCUUGCAUCUGAUUUCACUGUUGGGAACCCAAAGAACCCAAUUCAAGGUUUAGAGAAAGGGUCCAAAUGAUUUUAUUUUUUAUUUAAAGAAUUUGUUUUU